AUCCACAUCUCCUCAGCACGCUCACCCUGAGGCACCUCUUCCAUUCCGCCGCCCUGGAUGCUUACACGGUCACCGGAUCCUGCUGUUACGUAUUUCCGCUUUGGGGUGCCCAAUCUGGCCCUCCAGCUGCGCCAAGUCACACGAUUUUUAUAAAAGGAUGUAGAUGUAAUUGAGGAACAACCAGACGGAAGAGACACGUCGGCAAGGCACUGGGAAAGGCCCCAGGGCUCCCAGCCCUCUCCAGAAUUUAUUUCAGGGCCUCACUACUCCAUUUGUGGACUGGGGACCAGCCUCACCUAGGAACUUACAAGAAACGCAGCAUCUCCGGCUCUACUCAAUCAGAACAUGUAUUUUAGCACAAUCCCCAGGUCGUUUGAGGACAUGCUAACAACAUAUGAGAAGCACAGAUCAAGAGGACUAGGUGGAAGCUCAAGUCUGGGUGAGACGGUAUUGUCUUUUGGAACUUAAAUGCGUCAUAGAUAAGGGAGACCUUGGGAACGGUAGGAGAUGCUCCCUUGGGCCCCUCAGCUUCUGAGUCUCUUCACAUUUUGGACAGUCCACAGCACAGGGCUUUUUUUUGCCUGACUUGCCUGUCACCCAGCAUUCUUCUGUCUUCCUCACCGUGGUGGACAGGACAGUCACCCCCCAAAGAGGCCCACGUCCUAACACCUGGAACCUGACUCUGUCACCUUAUGUGGCAAAUGGGGUUUGCAGGUGUGACUAAGUUAAGGAUCUCCAGGUGGGGAGGCUGUUCUGGAUUAUCUGUGUGAUGUGAUCAGAAGGGUCCUUGUAAGAGGGAGGCAGGGCAAUCAGAGGGGAGAGAAGACAUUGCACCGUUGGCUUUGACGUUGGAGGAAGGGGCCUCAAGCCAAAGGAUGCAGGCAGCCUCCGGAAGAUGGAAAGUGCAAGGAACUGGACUCUCCCCCGGAGCCUGCAGAAGGAACAGCCCGCCCACACCUCGAUUGAACCCUGAAGACUCUGUUUGGGAUUCUGAACUCCCAGACUAUGUCUUUGCGUUGUUUGAGGUCACUGACUUGGUGAUUUGUGGCAGCAGCCAUCGGAAACUCGUUCACCCACAACCCUGGAUUCUGAAUUUACCCCAAUCCCUUUUGACUCUCGUAACAAUUAUACCAUUUCUCUAGAUGAUCAGUACAACUUCGGAAAACCCGGACGUCGAGUCUCCCUUGGCCACUUCCUAGCUAGGCGGCCUGCGUUUGUGAGGUGGGGAGGCAGGGUACUAACGGGUGCCCCGUGGGGCCCUGAGGAUGCACAGGGAAGCGCCCCCUACCUCUGCCUCCUCCAGACAGAGCGCUUUCGUGCUCUUCUGUCAUGUGCCCCUCUCCUGUGGGAGAGUUUGUUUAAACACAGCCUUCUGCACCAGCGAAUGUGUUUGAAAACCACUGCAUUUUUGCAACUGUUUAUAACAGAAUGUUGGGCCGUGGGGAGCGAAACCCGAAUUCCCUGAGCUGUUCUUCAGAAGUACAUCCAGGCUCUUCACCUGGGUUUCCUGGCCCCAUGGGCACAGAGAGGGCAUUACCGGAGACUCGCUGUGUGUCCUUGGGCAAAGAGUCACCAAUCUGAGCCUCAGAUGCUCACCUGUAAAAUGAGGGUGCAAAUCAUGCCCACCUCCCAACAUUAUCAAAAGGAUAAAAAGGAAACGAUGUGGCUAAGUGUGGUAUGAUAGUAAUAAUGCCAGUCAUGACUGAACACCUGCUAUGUGCUAAAUACCUUGCUAUGCCCGUUUGAUGCUCACAACUCCCGUCAGAGGGAGGCACAAUUGCCAUCGGUUUCCAGGCUGGAACGGGGCAAAGCUGGGAUUCCACUUGGGGGAAAGGCCGCCUCUGCCUGGAUGGCACAGAGCAGACUUCCUACAUGGCCACAGGAGCCCCUCAACCCAGUUCCUGACCCAGAGACUGAUGCUUUCUUCAGCAGGCUGGAGCAGAAGCCGAGGCUAAGACUGUGGGUUCAUUUGCAUCAGACCUCUCCCCAGCUGUCCACCCCUGACACAGAGUCUUCUCUUUCCAGCAGGAAAAAAGGCAUGAGUCAUAUAGACAUAUGUGUGAGAGUGUACACGUGUGCAUAUGUAUGUAUAAUGUAUUUGUCAAAACUCUAUACUAUAUGCAAAGCCAAGUAGGACUUUGAGGUCAGUUCUUUUCUUCGAGGAGCCCUGCCUUGCUUAGGAAAAUCAGGCCAGAGCCCCACAUGGCAGAAAGGCAGAUGGGUUCAUUUCUCUGGUGAGUUCCCCUGGGGGGGCAGCCAACUUUCAGUGGGGUUUGUUCAGAGGUCCACAGGAGAGGGAAAACCUUCCAGACAAUACAUAUCCAAUAAAAAAAUCCAUGUGCUCCUCUAUCUUGUAACUUCUUCCAGAAGUUAUGCUCAGACAUGCCCCGAAAUGUAUGCGGAAGGAUCGGUUGCAUUUAGCAUUAUGCAGAGGGAGAGGGGUGGGGCUCAAAGGACCACAUGCUACAUGACCCCAUAUAUAUGGCAUUCUGUGGGGACAGAGGGCCCACAGGUGGUUGCUGGGGUGAGAGGUAGGGAGGAGAUCACUGAGGGACUUCCAGGGCCAUGGACAUAGCCCAUCUUGGUGAUGGUAGUGUACCUGUGUGCCUGUAUGUCAGAACUCAUGAACCUGAGCUGUGUGCAAAUUGCCCCUACGUAAACCGACUUCAAGACCUGCCCAGGGAAGGACUUUUAUUGCAGCGAUAUUUGUAGCAGCAAGACAGGAAGCAUCUUAAACACCCAGUCAUAGAGAAGAAUCAAAUAAAUAAUAGCACCUCCACAUCAUGGAGAAUUACACAGCUGCCAAAAGGAGGAGAUAGAUGUUUAUAUACCAAAAUGGAAUAAUCUCCAAGACUUAGGGUAUUGUGGAAAAUGGUGAGCAUGGUAUUUAUGCAAGAAAAAGGUACAGACUUGUCUAGGCUUGGCUGUGCAUAGAGUAUAUCUGGAAAAAUACAAAAAUCUGACAAUAGUACUUAUACCUGGGAAAAUGCAAAGUAGCCCUUGGUGAGAAAAUUCUAAAUCUUUAUACCCUUAGAUCACUCACAUUAUUAUUUUUACUGUGAACAUUUGGUGCUGAAAACAAUACGCUGAAUCUUUUUUGCUCCAUUUCUUGGCUGCCCUUGGUGGGCAGGCACUUCCUGUUGUGUGAUGGCCCAUCUUCAAGGGUCCCCCAAGGUAAGCGUUUUAGGUGCGAAGCAGGUCCAGAGCCCACGUGAUUUCCUUAUCCCACUCUGUAACACGAGGUUGCUUUAUAGGCGGGCUGUGGAAAUAUUUUAAAUGAGUAUAUGUGAAGCAUCAGGUGUGCAGAAGGUGCCUAAGGUUAUUUCUCUCCCUCAGUCCUCUCAUGCCCACUCCUUUUUUCAGUCCUGGGUUCCAGCAGCUGGAGAGAAAAGUCCCAGUGACCAUCUCCCUUCACCAGCAAGGACCACGUGAGGGUGAAGGUUGUUCUUGUUUCCACUGCAGGAGGGGGCCAGGGCCCCGCAGAUCAAGCACCUCUUCUGUUCUGUACCUUGAGAUUUUGUUGCCACGCCCUCCAGCCCAGGGUGGGAGGGGUCGUUUCUCGAUGGGGUGCAGAUGUCGGUACAGGGCAGAGGGCUGAAUGCGCUCUCCCGUUCUGCCGUGCGCUGGGCUUCAUGGCGAGCCAAAUAGACACGGUCUCUACCUCAGGAGCUCACGAUCCCUACCACCCUCAUUAAGGGCAGGUUUAUUGAAGGAUUAUUUAUGUAAAAUUUACCUCUUUUAGUGGACGGUCCUGUGGGCUUUAACCAAUGCACAUGGUUGUGUAACUGCCACCAGUCAAGAUAUCGAGCAAUACGGUCACCAUGCCCAGAUUUCCUCGGCUCCUUCAUAGUCUUCCCCCCGCCCCCGGCUCCCGGAACCUCCCCGCAUGAGUCAUGUGUCCACACGGAUCUGCCUUUUCCAGGGUGUCAUCUAAAUGGAAUCACACUGGAUUGACCUUUUGAGUUGAGCUGCUUCCGCUCAGCUUGAUACGUUUGACAUUCAUCUGUGUUAAGGGUUCAUUCCUUUUAACUGCUGAAUAGUAUUCCAUACUAUGGAUUUCCCAUUCUGGUGCCAUCCUGGGGACAAAGAAAAAGAAAUCAACUAACUUUGACCAAAUCGUCCUGAGCUGAUUGAGUUUAUUGAAGGGGACUACGUUUUACAUUUUCUCCCAUGGGCAGAGUUAGGUCUGGAAAAGCAGAUCCGACUGCUGUGGAAAAAUAAAUAAAUGCUGUUUCCUGCACCUCCAACUCUGUGGGUUGAAAAACUCACAUUCUCUUUUGUGUGUGUGUGUGUGUGUGUGUGUGUGUGUGUGUGUGUGUGUGUGUGUGUGUGUGUUGAUUGGGACAGCAUGGGCCCAGCUGGCCUGAAAGCGACAUUCCACACUCCCCCAGGCUUUGUGACAGCAGUGCCGAGUCAUAGAGGUCCUGCCCUAAGAGAAGCUUCUCUCCCGCCCCCAACCCCUGGUGUCUGCCUUUGCGCAGAGUUCUGCCCUAGUGGGGCUGAUGAGGAAGGAUGGAGUUUCUUGGAACCACUCAGAUUGCCAGUUACUGUGGCCCCAAGAAAGCCUGUGACAUUGGCACGCUACCCCCCGCCGUGCCGCCUCCCGCAAUCCAGGAAUGCUACCAGCCCUAUUACCUGCCUGGGUACCGCUACCUCACCCCGUGGAGGCCCAGUCUCUUCUACAAGGUCUCCAACACCCAGCCCUGUGUGGAUGAGGGAGCCGCAUGCCACAGCGCCCUGCGGCCACCCACCGUCCUGCCGGCGCUCCGCUCUGCGCUCUUCUGUCGCUAUAGUCCCCACGACUGGGAGCAGUCCAACCAGCUGCAGAUUCGCGGGGCCGAGGCCUCGCGGCUGUGGGCCAGCCGGCUGACAGGCGACUCCAUGCGGCUCAUGCAGGACAAGGAUCAGCUGACGCAUCAGAUGCAGGAGGGGACCUGCCGGAACCUGGGCCAGAGGUUGUCGGACAUCGGCUUCUGGAAGUCUGAGCUGAACUACGAGCUGGAAAAGCUUCUGAACGAGAACCGCAGCCUGGAGACAAUCAGGAGGCGGCUGGAGUGCGCGGCCGAGGAGGUGAAGUGCCCCCUGCAGGUGGCCCUGGAAUGCCUGUACCAUCGAGAGAAAAGGACCGGGAUUGAUUUGGUCCAUGACAACGUGGAGAAAAACCUUAUCCGGGAAGUAGAUAUGCUAAAAUGUUGCCAAGAACAGAUGAGAAAAUUAGCUCAAAGAUUCGAGAUCCAGAUGCGUGAUAACCGAGAUGCUCAGCAUGCUCUGGAGAGGGACCUCGAGGACAAAAACUCAGCCCAGUUUAUCGAUGAGAAGUGCUUUAACCUGAGGAACACGUCAGACUGCAUCAGCUUCUUCCAUGGCGUGGAGAAAAUCGAUGGCAUGAUCUCCGUACCCGAGACCUGGGCCAAGUUCAGUAAUGACAACAUCAGGCACUCGCAGAACAUGCGGGCCAACUCCACCCGGCUGCGGGAGGAGGCUGACAACCUCUUUGAGACCCUGUCGGAUCAGAUGUGGAAGCAGUUUACCACCACCAACCUGGCCUUCAACACCCGCAUCUCCGAGGUGACGGAUGUGAAGAAUAAGCUGCAGACGCAGCUGGCUAAGACGCUGCAGGAGAUCGUCCAGGCAGAGAACACCAUCAUGCUGCUGGAAAGGUCCAUCGCGGCCAAGGAGUGCCCGCUGAAGGUGGCGCAGACGAGGCUGGAGUGCCGGACCCGGCGCCCCAAUGUGGAGCUGUGCAGAGACAUCCCACAGUUCAGGCUCAUGAACGAGGUGUUCACUAUCGACGACACCCUGCAGACCCUGAAGCUGAGGCUGCGGGAGAGCCGGGACAUGCUGCAGCUGCUGGUGAUGACCAAGUGCCGGCUGGAGCAUGAGCUGUCCAUCAAGGCCAGCACCCUGUGCAUCGACAAGGACAAGUGCAUGGGCAUGCGCAAGACCUUCCCCUGCACCCCGCGCCUGGUGGGCUACACCUGAGCUGCCGCCACAGGCCCUCAGCGCCCCGCUCCUCACCAUUUCCUCUCGCUGCGUCAACGUGGAAAAGGCUGAAAAACAAAAGAGCGUGUGAUUUUUCUCCCUUUCCUCCUAACAUGAAAAGAAAAAAUAUAUACAAAUAUAUUUUAAGAGCCAAAAUAAAUUUGCCUAAAGUAAGAUUUCUUAGAGCUCAUCCCUUACUGCAGAACCGGCCUUGGGGCAGAUGCCAGGAGGAGACAGACUGAUCCCUCGGGGACGCAGCAUUGCAAGAUACUCAGCAUCCCCGGCAGUAGAAAAGGCUGCAUUUUUUAAAAACCUGCUUGUCUAUUUCAGAGCACAGCAUAGACCAUGGCAGCCAAAGAUCGGACACCGGAGCUGUGAGCCCAGAGCCCAGCUGCCACUUAGGAGCUGUGUGGUCUCAAGGGAGCUCCCAGCCUGACAUCCAUCUAUCAAAUGAGGUCAGUCCAGGGUGGAGGUGACUGUCAGCUGUGUGGGUGCUGCAAAAAACUAGGGCUCGGAGUCGAAAGUCCUGGGUUUAAAUCCCAGCUUUGCUGGGCAGGGUGUUUUAGAAAUUGCUGUGAGAGAGAGAGGAGGCGGAUGGUAUCAGUCCUGUGGGUGGGGCAGGAGGAGGCAGGUAGGGUUUUGGGAAAGCUCUAUAAAGAACUGACAUGGCCUCCAAAGUAAAAUGUAAGACUACCAUGCCACCUGGCAGUUCUCCUCCUCAGUGUAUAAGUUAGGAACAAUGAGAACAUGCUCAAAUACUUGUUCACAGCAGCACAAAU